AUGAACAACUAUAAGGUAAUUGGGAGAAUAUACAGUGUUUCACCCUCCGAAUGUGAGAAAUCUUACCUACGUGUCCUUCUCAAUCAUAUAAGAGGACCGAGAUCAUUUCGUGAUUUGCUUACUAUUAAUAGAGUUCUGCAAACUACUUUUAAGGAAGCGGCAGAGAAACGAGGUUUGCUGGAAGAUGACAAUAGCAUCCGACAAUGUCUGUUAGAGGCCUCUGCAAUUAGAAUGCCAUCAGCUUUGAGAAGAUUAUUCGUCACAAUUUUGGUGUAUAGUCAACCAACUGGUGUUCGAAGAUUGUGGGAUGAAUUUUAUCCUUUCAUGAUUGAAGAUUCUUCUUCUUCAAGUGAUAUUGUCGAUAUUUCUGUCAGAAACAGGCUACUUCGAGAUCUAAACAGAAUGCUAGAACAAUAUAAUAAGGGCACUGGAGAAUUUGAUCUGCCUGAAAUGACAAGUGAGCCAGAAGAUAGUCUAGGAAUACUGAGAUGUAUUGAAGACGAAAUUUCUAUAAAUAUCCCGCAAGAAGAUAUUGAUGCAAUUGACCACCUUAACAACGACCAAAUGAUUGCAUUCAACACCAUAAUGGCCACAGUUGAGGGAAGAGAAAGUGCAUUAUUUUUUAUCAAUGGUCCUGGAGGUACUGGGAAGACGUACUUAUAUCGUGCAUUGCUAGUAAAGUUGAGAAGAAUGAAUCAUAUAGUCUUAACCACAGCAUCAUCUAGAAUUGCUACAAAUUUAUUGCCUGGCGGGAGGACAACUCACUCUAGAUUCAAGAUUCCACUCAAUGUAGAUGCAGUAGAUGCACCAUCCAUGUGUUCCAUAAGUAAACAGUCUACUCUAGCACGACUGAUACAAGAUUUCACUGCAAUUAUUUGGAAUGAGGCACCUAUGACACAUCGACAUGUGUUUGAAGCACUUGAUCAAACAUUUCGAGAUAUAAUGGAUGUCGAAUUACCGUUUGGUGGAAAGAUAAUGAUUUUUGGGGAAGAUUUUCGUCAAGUUCUCCCUGUUAUUCCUAAAGGAACAAAGUCUGAACUCAUUCAAGCCUCCAUUGUGAAAGCAACAUUUUGGGCACAAACAAAGAUAUUGAGACAGAAUAUGAGAUCCAUAAAUGACCACCAAUUUGCAGAAUUUCUACUUCGUGUUGGCGUUGGCGAUGGGAGUGAACAAGUCAUUAACAACGAAAUGAUGAGAUUAUCAUAAUGCAUGGUGGUUCCAUGGGAAAGUGACCAAUCUAUCAAUCAAAUUAUUGAUGAAGUUUUCCCCAAUUUGGGUGAUCAUGUAAAUGAUGCAAGAUACAUGGUGGACAGAGCAUUGAUUACUCCUAUAAACGAUGAUGUGGACGUGUUGAAUGAAAAGAUAAUCAAUAUGUUUCUAGGUGAAGAAAUUACAUUGUACUCAUUUGACUUUGUUGAAGAUGACAUGAGAAAUUUGUACCAACCAGAGUUUCUGAACUCAAUAACCGUAGGUGGGUUGCCACCCCACAAGUUAACUUUGAAAGUAGGUGCUCCAAUCAUGCUUUUAAGGAAUAUUGACCCUAAAUUGGGAUUGUGUAACGGUACUAGAUUGUUGUGUCGUGGUUCGUACCAAAAUCUGAUUGAUGCUGAGAUACUAACAAGACAGUUUGCUGGGACUAGAGUUUUUCUACCUAGAAUUCAUUUGAAAAGUGCAGAAAAUGCUGGGCUACCAUUUCAACUAACAAGAAAGCAAUUUCCAGUCAAACUGAGCUUCUCUUUGACCAUAAACAAAUCCCAAGGUCAGACUAUCCCACAUGUAGGUGUUUAUCUCUUAGAUCAUGUUUUUAGUCAUGGACAAUUAUAUGUUGCAUUGUCGAGAGGAGUAUCAAAGUCAACCACAAAAGUUCUGGUUAAAAAAGGAUCCAUAGUUGGUGAAGAUGGCGUAUUUACGAAGAAUGUGGUAUUUAAAGAAGUUUUGCUUCAUUCAAACACAAAUGAUCGAUCAUCUUCAUAG